UAUGAGUAUCGACUAUUCCUAUUUAGCUCCACCUUUAGGAGCUCAUUCAGUUUAACAUACAGGUAUUCAGAACUAUUAUCAAAUCUAUAGAUUAUUAUAUUAAACAUCAUGAAAGAGAAAAAGGAGCUCGUAAAAUUUAUGAUUGUGUUCCUUACGAUUCUUUUGAACAAGAGAAGAUUAAAGAACUCAAAUAAGAAAUUUAAAAAUUAAAUAUAUAACUUCCAUAAGAGUACUUAUUUAAAUUUAUAAAUUAGUUGGAAAGAGAGUGACUAUUUGAAAAUUGGCUAUUCAGGUCGCUUUAAAAUGAAAGAAGUUAUUAAAGUAAAUUAUAUUAUCACUAAUUCUUAGAAAUUACAAUUGCAUUUGACUUGGAGAGCUAAUCCCAUUUAUCAUUAAAUUAAUCCAGCAACUGAAAUAUUUCUUAAGAAUGGCAUAUGUUAUAUAUUUGGAAGAGAUAAACAAUAUCGUCCUAUAGUUAUACUUAAUGCUCAUCUUAUUGAUAUUAAGAAAGUAUAACUAAAUCUAUAUUAUAUAUAGUAUGAUAAAGAAACUAUAAUAUAAGCAUUAUCAUUUCAAAUGGGAAUUAUUAAAAAACACAUGUUUAUUCCUGGAAAAGUAGAAAACUGGAUAUUUUUAUUGGAAAGUAAUGGUUUAGGAGUUUUUGGUUUACCAACUAAAGCAUUAUAAGUUGUUAUAGAUACCAUGAGUACUAACUUUGGUGGUUGUUUGGAAAAAAUGUUUAUACUAAAUCCUUCAACUGGUUUAAAUUUUUUAUGGAAAACUAUAUCGGGAUUUCUAGAUCCUGAAACUGCUGAUAAAAUUAAUUUUUUAUAAAAGAAAGAAUUUAUGAAAUUAUAGUAAAUUAUUGAUCCAAAUCAAUUAGAGUAAAAAUAUGGAGGAACUCAACCUAAUUAAAGUGUUUUCUGGUAAUUUAUAAUAUUAUAUUAAAAUUAGGCCACCAUAUAAUUUAGAUUUAAUUGAUGGCCAUACAAUUCCUAGGUAAAAACAAUAAAUUGAUCAGUUUAUUCAUUUAGCAAAUGAAGAAAAGUAGAUAUAAAAUUAAGAAGAUCCUUAUGAUAAUGUUGAAAAUAAUGUAAACGACUUUUUUGAAAACUAAAAAAAAUUUUAUAAUUUUGAACAAAAAAAAUCUGCUGAAUUUGGAAAUGUUUCUGAUUAAAAAGAUUAACAAGAAAAUUUAAAAUAAGAAUUGAAUGAUCAAGAUUAAUAAAAAGAAAAUGAUCAAUUUCAUAUCUAAUAACACUAAUAAUAAUCAAAUAUUGAAUAAAAUUUCUAAACUUUCUAAUAAAAUCAUCAUUAAAAUAAUGAAGAAGAGAGAAAAGAAGAAAAUAUAGAACAAUAACAUCAAUAAUAAUAGGAAACAAUUAUUUCUAAAUAAGAACCUGAAUAAGAAGUAGAAAAAGUACUUGAAUAAUAGUAAUUAUAAUAAUAGUAAUAAUAAUAAUAAUAGUAAUAAUAAUAAUAAUAGUAAUAGUAAUAGUAAUAAUAGUAAUAAUAGUAAUAAUAAUAAUAGUAAUAGUAAUAGUAAUAGUAAUAAUAGUAAUAAAAUUAAGAAUAAAUUCAGAAAGAUGAAACUAAUGUUAAUAAUAAAAUUUAAAAUGAAGAAGAACUUUAAGUUGUAAGUAAUGCAUCAGCUACCAAAAUUAUACAACCAGAAGAAGUCUAAGGCUAAAAUGUUGAAAUAAGUUAAGUUGAUGCUGUUGCAAAUUAAGCUUGCUGUAAAGGUUGUGAGAUAUUUUGA